UGUGAGUUGUGAUAGAAAACGCGGGGUUGUCUCAUGCAUGCCCGUUUGUUGACUGCUCCUAGCUACCACCUUAGUACUGCGUAGAGCCCACAGUCUGGCGACUUGACAUGCAGCGAACACCAACAUCUGCAUCGCCAGACUGAAGUUCUGUUCCGUCUGCUGUUCUCUUGUUAGGUCCAGUUGAAUUGGAUGCUUCAGUCAAGUCUGGAAUUUGUUAUUGCCGUCGGAAAUUGGGGAUGCUCUCCAGCGCCCCCCUCCGCGUUUGCCGCCAUGGCUCGAGCAGGUUGCUGCUGCCUACCAGCAUGCUUCCAGCGGCCGUGUUGGUGUUGAAAAAUACCCAAUUGGCCCGGGUUAGGUUCGCACGGAGUUACUCGAGCGAGUAUGCGCACCAUGAAGCCCGGAUCGAGAGUGUUCGCAACAUUGGCAUCAUCGCCCAUGUCGAUGCAGGCAAGACAACCACCACGGAGCGUAUGCUCUACCACAGCGGCAGAACUCGCCAUCUCGGGAAUGUCGACCAUGGAAACACCACUACCGACUUCCUCCCAAUGGAGCGAGAGCGCGGCAUCACCAUCCAGUCCGCCGCCGUGACAUUCCAGUGGCCCCCCAAGUCACUAUGCCCACCCGACCACGAGCCCAAGACCAUCAACCUGAUCGACACCCCGGGCCAUCAGGACUUCCGCUACGAGGUUGACCGCUGCCUGCCCAUCCUCGACGGCGCCGUGUGCAUCCUCGACUCGGUCAAGGGUGUCGAAACUCACACUGAGCGGGUUUGGGGGUCAGCACAACUCUCCAAGAUCCCCCGGUUGCUUUUUGUCAACAAGCUGGAUCGGGACGGUGCCAGUUUCCGGCGGUCUAUCCACGAGGUGGCAUCCCGGCUGAGGACAUGGCCUCUGCUCUGUCAAAUCCCCUGGUGGCACAAGGAUGACUUUGUUGGCGUCAUCGAUGUUAUUCACCAGCACGGCUUCCGAUUCUCUAGCACCGGCGCCAUGUCCGUCGUGAGCAAGCAGAGUAUUGCGAAGGAGAGCACGGCGCUGCUCCAAGAAAUGGAAUCGGCCCGCGUGCACCUGGUUGAGACGCUAUCGGAAAACGACGAAGAGAUCAUGGAAGAGUUCCUUAAGGUGGAGAAAGACGUGUCUUCGGUCUCCAUCAAACGAGCUAUUCGACGCCUCGUCAUGGACGGCGAGGCCAAGUUCACACCAGUUUUCGCCGGCGCGAGUCUCCGAAACAUCGGAGUGCAACCGCUGUUGGACGCUGUCGUAGAUUACCUCCCCAGCCCCAACGACAGGCCGCCACUGGAAAUCAUCGGAGCUAAGGCCCAAACCCUACCCCAGCUUCUCGAGCAGAAGGUCCAGCAAAAGGGGCUAAAUCAACACCAGGCUCCAAUUGUGGCCCUCGCCCACGUCUUCAAAGUCGUUGACGAUCCGGGGCGCGGCACCAUGAGCUGGCUGCGCGUCUACCACGGCGCCAUCAGCCGGAGCAGCCAAAUGUGGAACAGCAACGUCCACAACUUUGAGAAACCCCAGCAUAUUCACCACGUGUCGGCCAAGGAUCACCACGAAAUCCAACACCUGCCAACCGGGCAUAUUGGUGCCAUGACAGGUCUUAAAUCCGCCCGUACGGGAGACACCCUCAUUACCUUUCCUGGUCGCCAUGGCAACACCGCCCCUGAGACCUUCACAAAUCUCCGGAUCAAGGCACCUGAGACACCCCCGGCGGUUGCGUUUAUCGCCAUUGAGCCGUACACGAAGACGGCAAACGACAAGCUUGUGGACGCCCUCAAUAAGCUCUCGCGCGAGGACCCGAGUAUCAGAUGGAGCAAGGACGAGAAGACGGAUCAAUUGAUCCUCUCCGGCAUGGGGCUGUUGCACCUCGAAAUUGCCCAAGACCGCCUCCUGACGCACUACAAGAUCGACCGCGAGUCGGCCAUGUGGGGAGAGAUCGAAGUAGAGUACUCAGAGUGCCUGCUAGCCCCGACCGCUCCGCACCGCGCCCUGUACGACCGCAAUAUCCGCGACAAAGCCGGCAAAGCGGCAUGCACAGUGACCAUCGAGCCCCUCGAGGCCCACCAUCACGACACUCUCCUCGAAUCCAGCAUCGAGCGCGACGGCAACAUCAUCCACGUCGCCAUCCCCCUCUCCUCGGACGGCAAGGCCAAGACCCUCCCCUUCGAACCGGACCUCGUCCGCCAACAGCUCUUCAACGGCGCCAUCGCAGGCCUCGCCCGCGGGCCCCGCCGCAACGCCCCCAUCCGCCGCUGCCACGUACACAUCUCGUUCGACCCAUCUUCCGACUUCUUCGGCGCGGCCAGCACGGGCGGCCACAUCACCAACGCCGCGCUGACCGCCGUGCGCGGCGCCCUCAAGGAAGCCCACGCCAACGGGCAGGUCGGCAUCCUCGAGCCCUUCACCCAGGUGCAGAUCCACUGCCCCGAAGAGGCCGGCAGCGCCAUCCAGCACGACCUGGCGGCCGUGCGCGGCGGGCAGGUGCUGGAGGUGCACAAGCCCGAGGAGGACGGACAGGUGCAUGAUGGUGAUGGUGCUACCGCCAUCGACCUCGCCAAGGUCUAUGUCCCGCCCGACCCGUACGAGUCGGUCCACAGCCUGCGCGGCGCCAAGAAGGCGGUUGUUCGCAUGCUGACGAUUGUGGCGAAGGCGCCGCUGAAGGAGAUGAUGAAGUAUGAUAGUCAGUUGAGGAGUACGACCGGUGGGAGGCACACGCUGCAGUUGGAUCAGGGCGGGUUUGAGUUGGUCACGGGGCAGAGGGAGAAGGCUUUGGAGGAACGGUAGGGGGGUUGGUUAAGG